AUGAAAGCAGUUCGCAAGCAAAGCGGCAAAUACACAAUCACAGCCACCAACGACAGCGGCACUGACUCAGUGACAAUCGAAAUCAAAGUGAAAAGCAAACCUUCGAAGCCAAAAGGCCCAUUGGACGUGAAAGACGUAUUCGAAGAUCGCGCCACCCUCGGCUGGAAGCCACCAGAGGAUGAUGGCGGAGAGCCUAUUGACCACUAUGAAAUUGAGAAAAUGAGCACCAAAGACGGUAUAUGGACGCCCUGUGGUCGCACUGCUGAUACCUCGUUUGUGGUGGACACUCUAACCAAAGGAGACCACUAUAAGUUCCGAGUGAAGGCAGUGAACAGCGAAGGUGCUUCGGAUCCGCUUGAGAGCGACAACGACGUACUCGCGAAGAAUCCCUUCGACCGACCAGACAAGCCAGGAAAGCCCGAACCCACUGAUUGGAACAGCGAUCAUGUCGAUUUGAAAUGGGAUCCGCCACUAAAUGAUGGCGGUGCACCAAUUGAGGAAUACCAGAUUGAGAAACGAAGCAAAUAUGGAAGAUGGGAACCCGCGAUCAGUGUCCCCGGCGGUCAAACCACAGCCACAGUACCUGACCUCACAGCCGGCGAAGAAUACGAAUUCCGAGUUGUCGCCGUGAACAAAGGAGGUCCUUCUGACCCUAGCGACGCCAGCAAACCUGUUAUUGCCAAACCACGUAACCUGGCGCCAAAGAUUGACCGCAAUGCACUAAAAGAUUUGAAAGUAAAAGCUGGUCAGGCAAUUGGCUGGGAUGUGCCCGUAGAAGGUGAACCAGCUCCAACAGUCACCUGGAGCUGGCCUGACAAACGCGAGAUUCGCAACGGCGGCCGUGUGAAGUUGGACAAUCCGGAGUAUCGUAGCAAGUUGCAUAUUCGUCAUAUGGAACGUGGAGACAGCGGAAACUAUACUAUCCGAGCCGUGAAUCCAAAUGGAGUGGACGAAGCGACCGUUCACGUCACAGUCAUAGCUUAUGAGGUUUCAGAUAAACCAUCACCACCAAAUGGACCUCUCGAAGUGAGUGAUGUUCAUGCUGAUCAUUGUACAUUGGACUGGAAGCCACCAGACGACGAUGGAGGUAUUCCGAUUGACAACUAUGUCAUUGAGAAACUUGACACAGCCACUGCAAGAUGGGUCCCGGCAGUAAAGGUGUCUGGAGACAAGACUACCGCAGUUGUGGACGGGCUAAUUCCAGGCCACGAGUACAAAGUAAGCUCAUCUAUCAGUUAG